GUUCUUUAAAAUUCAGUGCAAUGUUUUGGUUAUUAAAUUUAAUUUUGCUGGGCAUAGUUUAUGGUAAAAUCGAUGACACAACGACUACGGGUACAAAUCCCACAGGUGAAACUUCUCCAACACAAGGAACAACAACAACAAUAAAAACAACAACAACAAUAACACCAACAACAACAAUAAAAACAACAACAACAAUGAAGCCAUUCGAUAUAAACGAAAUGCUUAAGGAUAUUUUAAGGAAAUAUGAGGCCGAUUGUCAGGGAAAUCCAGAGUUAAGCUCUCAAUUGGACAAAAUUCGGACCGUUCUCAAAUUGGGAGACGAGUACGUAGGAAUAAAAACAGAGGCCCUAACGAAUUUCAAAGUAUACAAUGCAAUACGUAUGCUUCUGAACCAAAGAAUCAAAGAACGCAUUGAUAAGCUCAACGAUCUGUUGCCAAGUCUCAAACAAAGCAGAUGUUCUCGGUUCUACUUAACGCAAAGAACAAAUCUAAGGGAAAUUGAAAAGCUUAGCAAUGAGGAAAAACAAGCCAGGUUAACACAGAACUCGGUAGCAUGCCCAACCGCUUCCUACGAUUACAACGAUGAGUCGGACUACUAUAUUUAUAUUGCCGAUGACUAGUAAACAAAGUAUACACAAAGAGUUCCUUUUCUUGAAGUUCUUUCAAAUUUUGUAUAAAUUCUUACCCCACUUUACGAACACUUACUUAAAAUUAGUUAAAA